AUGUCGAGAUUUUCAAGGUUUAAUAGUCUAUCAGGUUGGCUUCUAAACAGUGUAGGUCUUGCACUACCACCCACGGGGCUACUAGGAGCAACCAUGUCGAGCAUUUACGUGCUCGAGCCACCGACGCAAGGCAAGGUGGUGGUAACCACCACGUUGGGCGACCUAGAUAUCGAGCUCUGGCCUCGGGAAGCCCCGAAAGCGGUGCGGAAUUUCGUGCAGCUGUGUCUGGAGGGGUAUUAUGACAAAACCAUCUUUCACCGCAUCAUCCCUGGCUUCAUGGUGCAGGGAGGCGACCCUACAGGAACCGGCACAGGGGGCGAGUCAAUAUAUGGGGAGCCCUUCAAAGAUGAGUUUCACUCGCGCCUGCGCUUCUCCCACCGCGGCCUCGUGGCCUGUGCCAACGCGGGGACUCCACACAGCAACGGCAGCCAGUGGUUCUUUACCCUGGAUAGAUGCGACUGGCUGGACAAAAAACACACCAUCUUUGGCAAGCUCCCUACCGAAUUCUAUCCAUCUUUCUUUCUCUCACACAUGCACAUGCAGAUCACAGGAGACACCAUAUUCAACGCGGUGCGACUGGGGGAGGUGGAUACUGACGACAACGACAGGCCGUUUGACCCACCGUCGAUAAUCAGCGUGGAGGUCAUCUGGAACCCAUUCGAGGACAUUGUUCCCAGGACCUUGCCUGCAAGAGAGCAACAAGAAACCACGGCGAAGAGCCGAGGCAGGGAUAAGGAGAAGCGAAGGCAGCAGCAGUCUCAGGUCAAGGGAACCAAGUAA